AUGCGCUUCUUUGAAUACAUUGGUGUUUUUCUCACGGUCAUUACCGGUGGCAUGUCUCUAGAAGAAAGCGCCUUCAAGAAUGCACCUAAGUGGGCGCCCACCUAUACCCUCAAGUCAGACGAGGUGAUUGUUGGUUUUGGCAAUAACUCGUAUGUCGCCAAGGUGGACGAAUACCUUGCCAUUUUGAAAGCUGCGGGCGUCACAAUUGGAACCCCCAAACUUGACGCAUCCUGGGUCUCGACCAGCGCAUCCAACGUUCACACAAGGCGCGGCCUUGACAAACGUUGCAGCGAGACAGAGUACAUCAUCACUGACAAGACCGAAACUUUUAUCGACUGGGAUGUCCAGAUGUCUCCGGUGUUGUGUGCCGCGGCUGGAGAUAUGGAUAUUACCGUCAUGGAUGGUUACAGCAUCGCCAAUGCCGUGACUACCAGCGUGGGGAUCGAUCAAACCCUGAUUGAAGAUAUUCUCAAAGUCUCGUUCCGUAUCGACUACACAGAGACUUGGACAACCUCGGCAUCCACGCUCACUAAAGGUACAGUAAAGGAUGGCAACUGUGGCGUUAUGAUCACCAAGCCCAUUACGACCCGACGGUCUGGCCGUUUCUUCCGUGGAUGUAUUGGCUCUGCUACCCAGGUUGGUACCUGGUAUGCUGAUAGCCACGGAAACGGGAGCUACAAUGGCAUUGAUUGGAUUCAGGGCGCUAUUUCCAUGUGCACCAAACAACAGGAUAACCCUCCUUUGGGUCGUUGCAAUGGACAAGGCGACUUCGCAUGA